AUGCCCCGUUCUACCGCUCAUGAUGUGGCUCCUUACGAGCUUUCUUCAGACUCAGAGACCUGCUCUGAUACAGGAGCGACUACGCCAUCCACCAGAGCCAUGGACAUUGGUACACCACCAAAUGCGAAAGUUCGAGUCGACGCCGUCACAAAACAAUUAGACAGUAAACAACGCUGCCUCAUUACAAACGUCGAGUGCGACGAAGUGACCGAGUAUGCCCACGUCUUGGGGCAUGCUUUGGAGGACAACGACGGAUUGGAAGAGACGUACAGAUAUACACUUGUUGCUCACCCUGAUAUGAGAUUUGUUCCCAUUCAUCGAAGGGACGAGACGCUUCCACUUUCUCCCAACGCUUUCGAGAAGUUCGUCUAUCCAUUUGAAGGGUUUCCCACAAUUGUCUCCCACGUUCAUCCACGUUUCGUAAUCUGCAACGCUGCGCUUAAAUGUGAAAGCCGCGAGACGCUCUAUGCCUUUGCCAAAGGAAAAGAAGGAGAGUUGUUUAAUGCGCUGGCCAGAAUCGCUCGCAUCUACGUUGGGUGGUCCAGGGUAGAUCUCCCAAAUGAUUUUCGUAAAGAGAGAAAGGUACCCAAGGUUAAGCCCCGCGAGAAAAUUGACCGGCAAGUCAAAAGGGAUGUUCCAACGAAUGUUCCGAAUGCUGAACAUUCAGAUGACGAGGGCGUUCCUCCCACCAUUGCCGCAACCUCGGCUCAUCGCAGUGUACGGGCUCACUCUUUGGCAAACGAAACACCUGCCGACCGAGCGGGCGAUUUCGAUCUCAAGAAAGCGAAGGCUAGAGUCGACACUGUUGCCAUAAAACGCUGCCUCAUUGAGAAUACCGAUGAGUCCAACGCCCUGGAAUACGCCCAUGUUCUCGGUAGGAGAAGCUCUAACAAGAUUUUGACAGCUUUGGAAUAUUCGUGGGGAAUGGAACACGAGACUUUAAAUGUCGAUACACGCUACAAUAUCUUCCGCCAACCAGCUAUCAUCGACGAAUAUCAUGCAGCGAUCACACAACGUGCAAAAUUUCCUUCGCUCGAACGUCCAAAAUUUCCUUCGCUCGAGAACUAUCAACCGCCGUACAGCUAUACUUUGCUGAUGUCCUCCCACAUGAACCUUGCCCUGACCCCGUGGCUGAGCCACGGUGGCUUCGACUCGGCGAGUGCAAUGCGACCGAGCGUUCUGGUACUUGCAAACCCCAACGUUAAAGGCCAGCUGGCAGCUGCCAUUGUCAUUGCCUUCUCCUUUGGGCCAUUCUCCGGGCUUAAAACGUUCAGCAACCUCCACCUGAAACGAGCCAUGGACAUUGGUACACCUCCGAAGGCGAAAGUUCGAGUCGACGCCGUCACAAAACAAUUAGACAGUAAACAACGCUGCCUCAUUACAAACGUCGAGUGCGACGAAGUGACUGAGUAUGCCCACGUCUUGGGGCAUGCUUUGGAGGACAACGAGGACUUGUGA